CUGAGCAUCGGAUCCAAAAUGACCUGCGUUGGCAGCGACAUAACCAUGCAGUUAUCCGACUGCGCCGGAGAUCAGACGACGCGCCGUUUUUUGAUCAAGAAUUUUGACAUUUACUCGCUAAAAUCGUUGUCAAACAUAUUAUUUGAAUUAUAGGGCCUGCCUGUCGUCAAAUCCAGUGAUGGAAGGUCAUCCAGUGCAAUACACAACCAAUUACGCCUCUAGUCAGAAUAGUCCAAGAAAUGUGAAUGCUGCUGAAGAUGGGCUCUACACUGAAAUGGUCACUAUUGAGGAGGCACAUGUCGACAAGGUGAUGCAAGGACACAAUACAGAACGAGAUACGGGCACAAAGCACCUGGUUCAAGUGAUAGAUGGAACAGAAGUUUCUUACCAUCCAGCUGGCAUGCCUGUCAAUAUGAGUCAACUCCAAGUCCAACUAGCUGGCACUGAACAGGUUGAAGAAAAGCCCAGUAUUCAGACUUUGUAUCUUCAUCCUGUCAAUGUCAAUGGGCAGACGACGUAUCAGCUACACAAUCCGUCUACCCCCCAGGCUUUGGGGAUCCCCCAAGUGCUGCAGCAAGAUGGGCAUAGUGGUGUACAAAUGAUGAAUCUUAAUCCUGAGCAACUAACCAAUCUGGCAACAGCCGCCUCCAUAAACAUGGGCGAAAUGGGUGAGGACCCCUUGUAUGUAAAUGCAAAACAGUAUCAUAGAAUUCUGAAGAGGAGGCAGGCUCGUGCUAAACUGGAGGCAAUGGGAAAGAUACCCAAGACACGACAGAAAUAUUUGUAUCAAUCCCGGCACUUACACGCGCUGAGUCGUAAACGUGGUGAGGGUGGAAAAUUCAACAAACAACAAGUUCAAAACAAUGAAAAUUCAAACAGCGGAUACGUGCCGAAGAAAAAUCGUCGAAAACAAAAUCUCAAUACGAGUGUCGCGCCUUAUCAAGAACUGAAACCAAUUGCAAUAGCGUGUCGUCCGCCGGGCACACCUGUGAGCUCGUUUUUGAACGAGGUGCUGAACAACACUGACAUUAACGUUAUACCUAGUGCUGUGACAGAUUUCAAAGUUGAAUGAUUUGCAAUCGAACCUAAGAAUUCUUGGUAUACAGUAGAACCUCUCUAUUAAUGACACCCUUGGGACUGACAAGUGCUAUCCUUGAUACAGAGGUGUCCUGAUUAGAGAGGUCAAGUUGAAUGGAAACAACCACUUUGGGACCAAAACUAGUGUCUUUAAUAGAGAAGUGUUCGCUAAGGGAGGUUCUAUUGUAUUUUGAUUCUUAUCAGAUUUGCUGGAUGUACUCUUCGAAAUCUGUUAUCUGGGGGUUCUCAAUGGAGUAAAUCUUGACAAGUGACCUGUUUCAAGGGCGGCACUUGUAUCAUUAGAGGCUUGUGCUAAUUGCCUUUAUUUAUGUUGUCUGUAUUGAUACAUCUGUACACUUAAUGAUCAUACAUCACAAAAUCCCUUUAAUGACCUCAGACAAUCUGUUAUAAAGAUUGGAAUUAAACUUGAGAUCAGUGACGUAGUAGUUCGGUCACCAGGCUCAUAAUCAGGAGGUUGUAGGUUCGACUCUUGGGAGGAAGUCUUUUCGUCCUUUAGCAAGGCACUUAACCCUUCUUGCAAAAUAGCAGGCCUACGCAAAGAUCCUCAAAGGUAGGGCCAUUCUAUUUUCCUGAUUUACUCUUCAUUUCAGAUCAGAAACAUUUUGUGGCUACAAUAUUUACCAAACAUGUCUAAAAAUGCAUAAUACGGUAUCAAAUAUCUACUCUCUAUACAUGGUACUACUUGGUACAACACUGUAUAUACAAAUAUUCUGUACAAUUGUCAUGAAUUGGCCUCUUUAUAGACAAAAUGCAGGUAAACAAAUUGAUAUGAUGAGCGCACAUCUUGGUCGUUAUAUACUGUUGUGGUUGUGUUGAUCUUUUAACCCUGCAACCUUUGUAAUUAUACUUUUCAUACAUUGCCAGUUUGUAUGCUUUUAUU